UUUAACUUAUUGGGAAACGGAGUUUAACCUUAGUUCGCAGAAAUGUGCGGCACCUCCCCCGUACGUUUUUUUUAGACUUUAAUAGUCUGGUCUGAGUCAGUUGGUGGGAGUUCAGGAUAUCUUCGUACACAUGAAUAAAUUGUAUCGCUGAUAAUGGAGAGCACCGAAAACAGGCUUGUCAAUGUGGACAAAUGGAUUGCGGAGAACGAGAAGGCUUUCCUUCCACCGGUCUGCAACAAACUUAUGUUUAAGCGUCAGCUAAACAUCAUGUUUGUAGGGGGACCCAAUACCAGGAAGGAUUAUCAUAUUGAGGAAGGAGAGGAGCUGUUUUACCAGCUCCGAGGUGACAUGGUGCUGAAGGUGGUAGAGAACGGAAAGCACAGGGAGGUGCCCAUCCGGGAAGGGGAGAUGUUUUUGCUCCCAGCACGGAUCCCCCAUUCCCCCCAGAGAGAGGCCAACACGGUGGGUCUUGUGGUGGAGCGGAAGAGGCUUCUUUCUGAGACCGAUUGCUUGAGAUAUUACGUGGAGAACACCACAGAUAUUCUGUUUGAACGCUGGUUCUACUGUGAGGACCUGGGAGUCCAGCUGGUUCCAGUCAUCCAAGAGUUCCUUAAGUCCGAACAAUGCAGAACUGGAAAACCAAGCCCAGGCGAGUCCUUCCGCCAGCCCCCUUUCCAGCUGAACACCAUGAACGUGAUGACGCCAUUCAGCUUUGGGGACUGGGUGUCUCGACGCCAUGCCGAGCUGGGCCAGGGACGACCCCUCGACAUGUUCGGGGCGCAAUUUGAAACCGAGGCUGUGCUGUAUGGGCCGGGACAGACGGAGACAUGCACACGCAACACUGAUGUUUGGAUCUGGCAGCUGGAAGGAAAGUCCCAAGUGACUGUGGACAGCACCCUGCACUCGCUCUCCCCCAGAGACAGCCUGCUAAUCCCUGGUCAAAACGGGUACCAGUGGGCACGUGACAAGGGUUGUGUCGCUCUAUUGGUCACACAGGAUCCUGAGAGGAAAAGCACCUACACCUGAGCUGUGUCACUGAUAGAAGAUUGUAGGCAGGGGACUUUACGGUUUUACCUGCUUGAAGGCAAUUUCUUUUAAUUUCACAUUAAUUCCACUGUCAAAUUAUCCAUUCCAUUCUGACUACUAUAUAUGUAAAUAUGUGCAGUAAUUAAUAUAUAAAUGUUUAUACUGGCAAGGUUAAA